GAGGGGGCGGAGAGAAGCAGCCGCCGCAACUUCGCGUGGAGCCGCGGAGCGUGGGCUCAGCCGGACGCCGAGCCGCCGCCGCCGCGGAGCCGCCGCGUCCCCGGCCCGGGCCCCAGCCCCGCCGGCUCGGCAUGGCCCCCGCCGCCGCCGCCGCCGCCGCGGCUCCUCCGGCCCCGGCGCCCUCCGCUCGCCGCUGAGCAGCCGUUAUCUGCCCGCCGCCGCCGCGGCCCAGGCUCCGCGCAAGUUUCCGCCGCGGGAGGCGCGGGAGGCGCGGGAGGCGCAGGCGGGGAGAGCGGACGCGGGGAAUCGGCGCCCCCAGCCCGCCGGCCCUCCCGCCCGCGAUGUGGGGGCGCUUCCUGGCCCCGGAGGCCGGCGGCCGCGACAGCCCGGGCGGAGCCCGCAGCUUCCCGGCGGGCCCAGAUUAUUCUUCAUCAGCAUGGCUACCUGGUAGUGAAUCGUUGUGGCAGGCCACAACUGUUCCAUCCAACCAUCGAAAUAAUCACAUCAGGAGACAUAGUAUAGCUUCUGACAGUGGUGACACUGGCAUCGGAACCUCCUGUUCUGACAGCGUGGAAGAUCACUCAACCUCAAGUGGCACAUUAACUUUUAAGUCUAGUCGAUCAUUGGUUACUCUUCCUACUGCCCAUGUCAUGCCGUCUCACUCCAGCGCUUCCGUUUCCAAACACAGGGAGUCACUGACAUCGGAUGGCUCCAAAUGGACUGCAAGUCUCCUGCAAACACUGGGAAGCCACAGUAAGGGGGAGCAGGACUCUUCACUAGACAUGAAGGACUUCCGGCCCCUCCGGAAAUGGUCAUCUUUAUCCAAGCUCACUGCCCCGGAUAGCUGCAGUCAGGCAGCUGCUGCACACACCGAAGAGUCGAGGAGUGGCCUGGAAAAGCCAGGGAGGGGCAAGGCUUUACCAUCACAACUAAGGACCGUUGGGCCCAGCUGCUUACACGAUAGCAUGGAGAUGCUUAAGCUAGAGGACAAGGAAAUAAACAAAAAACGAUCAUCAACUCUGGACUGUAAAUACAAAUUUGAGAGCUGUAGCAAAGAGGAUUUUAGAGCUGCUUCUUCCACUCUUAGGAGACAGACCUUGGACAUGACCUACAGUGCCUUACCUGAAAGCAAGCCCAAUGUGACAAGUUCAGAGGCUUUUGAACCUCCGAAAUACUUAAUGCUUGGCCAACAGGCAGUAGGUGGAGUUCCCAUUCAGCCCUCUGUGAGGACACAGAUGUGGCUGACAGAGCAGCUGCGGACAAACCCCUUGGAAGGCAGAAGCACGGAAGACUCUUACAGUUUAGCUCCGUGGCAACAGCAGCAGCUUGAAGAGUUUCCACAAGAAAGUGAAAUACCGAUGCAGGUUUUGGCUGGAUCAUCUCGUCAAAGUUAUUCACCUUCUGGCUAUCAGGAUUUCACAAAGUGGGAAUCAGUGUUGAAAAUAAAGGAAGGAUUACUGAGGCAGAAAGAAAUUGUAAUUGAUCGGCAGAAGCAACAAAUUACUCAGCUACACGAGCGGAUAAGGGAUAAUGAAUUACGGGCACAACAUGCCAUGUUAGGGCACUAUGUAAAUUGUGGGGAUUCUUAUUUGUCUAGUUUGCAGCCACAAUAUGAGAGCACUUCACCCCAGAAUCCAUUUUCAGAUCCAUCAGUGUCCAAUACUCAGCAAGAGGAACUUGAGCAAAAGCUUGCAUCUACUGAGAAAGAGGUUUUACAACUUAAUCAGUUUCUCAAACAAAGACUAAGCCAAUUUAGUGAAGAGAAGAAGAAAUUAGAGGAAAAACUUAAAACUAGAGAUAGAUACAUCAAUAGCCUGAAAAAGAAAUGCCAGAAGGAAUCUGAACAAAACAAAGAAAAGCAGAGAAGAAUUGAGACCUUGGAAAAGUAUCUGGCUGAUCUCCCAACUCUAGAUGAUGUCCAGAGCCAGAGUCUACAGCUGCAGGUUCUAGAAGAAAAAAACAAGAAUUUGCAAGAGACUUUGGUAGAUAUGGAAAAAAAGCUUGAAGAGAUGAAAAAACAGUGCCAAGACAAAGAGGUGCAGAUAAUAUGCCAGAAAAAGAAAGAAAAGGAGUUGGUAACUACGGUUCAAAAUUUGCAGCAAAAGGUGGAAAGAUGCCUUGAAGAUGGAAUUCGCCUUCCUAUAUUAGAUGCAAAACAGCUUCAGGAUGAAAACGAUAACCUGAGAGAACAAAAUGAGAAUGCUAGUAAGAUAAUAGACCACCAACAAGAUGAGAUUGACAGAAUGACAUUAGAAAUUCAGUCUAUGCAAGGGAAACUUUCUGACGAAAAGCUGACCACUAAGAAGCUGAUGGAAGAGCUGGAAAAGAAAGAAAGAAACCUGCAGAGAUUAACGAAAACAUUGCUUGAUAACCAAAGACACACAGAAGAGACAUGCUCUGUGUUGGAUCAGGGCCUGGAAGCAGACCAGCCCAGGCUUCCUAAACGACCCCUCUUUGAUUUGAGUGUGAUUGACCAGCUGUUCAAGGAAAUGUCCUACUGUUUGUUCGACUUGAAGGCAUUGUGCAGCAUUCUUAACCAGCGUGCUCAGGGCAAGGAGCCAAACCUUUCAUUGUUACUGGGAAUCAGAUCGCUGAACUGUUCAGCUGAAGACACUGAGCAUGACCACAGCCCAGAAACACUCACCAAAAAGCUGUCCGAUGUAUGCCAGUUACGGAGGGACAUUGAUGAACUAAGGACUACCAUAUCAGACCGCUAUGCUCAGGACAUGGGAGACAACUGCAUUACUCAGUGAUCAAGUGUUGGUCCCACAGCAAUAAUGACCCGUUCUUAAAUGCUGCUUGUACGUCUUCACAUUUCUUUUUGGGAGCCAUGUUGGUCUACCCCACCCUGAACGCACCCAGUCUCGUCUGACCUCUGAAGGUGCCAUGUUGGAAAGUUGCAAGUAACACAUGACUUGCACAUAGGAUCUUCGUUCUGUGGAUUUCUUUUGUUGGGGGCAAAGGGGAUGUAAGGCGGUCUCAAAGGGCUUAUCUAAUCAGGACAAACAAUCAGAUUACCAUUUGAAAAUGUGUUUAAGCAUAUAAGGGGAAAAAAAUUUCUGUAUUCUCAAACUACUGAGGGAAGGACCAAGCUGUGAAGAGUGCCCUUUGGAUAAAGGGGGGGGGGGAUUUCUUUUUAUCCUGUUUUUGUGUGUAUAUGUGUGUGUGUGUGUGUGUGUGUUUAUUCAUAAAACAGUAAGGAUUUCUGGAGUCAGAGCAAAGCUUCUGAGAAAGGCACGCACUUGUGUUUUUUUUUCUUUCGUGUAGAAGCUUGUGUUAGACUCGGGGGGUUUCAAAGGCCGGCUGAGCAGGAGUUCCCACAGCAGGCGAGUGUUCUAAUAGCAGCACAGGAGGCAGACCCAUUGUGUUUUUGAACAACUGCUGUGCUGAGAUGAUGCGGUGAGGGGCUGAGUUGGUUGUAGAACUGUAGCUACGUCAACUAUUUAUUCCAGAAGGAUUGUGGAUUGCCUUAAAGGUGUGAAAUUUUGAUGAGAUCUUAUUCACUAGUGUAGUAAAAUUACAUAGUAUAUAUCACAAGGCAAUUUAGCAUAAUUUGAACUAAUUUUGACAUGCCCCUUACUAUUUAUGGUUUCUACUUCUAUGUUAUAUAUAUAUAUAUAUAUAUAUAUAUAUAUAUAUAUAUAUAUGCAAAGCCAUAUGUAAUUAAUGCAGACCUUUUAAGGCCCCCCUUCAUUCUUGUAAAAGAUUAACCAAGUGACUCUAAAACAAUAGCCUACUUAUCCAAACCUCAAAUGUUUACAUUUUAGCAGUUUUAUAUCUGUUUUAAAGUUGAAACUACUUUAAGAAAAAGCCAGCCUGUCCUCUUUAUAUUUGAAUUAUCACUAGCAUAAAACAAAAUUUAAAUUAUGUGAUAUUUCAAUUCCUUUAAUUAGGUAAGGUACAUUAUAAAUGAGUUUUCAUAGAAUACAGACUUGGUCAGGUUAGUUCCAUUGGAGUACAUAUGUCACUAAGAAAUGGAACUGUUAUUUAAGUAGACAUACAGUCAGUUUAACUUUCAAAUGACUAUCUCCUUGUUUUAGUUGGUAUUGUGGAAGGACUAUAUAUUCUAUUUCCUUCAGAGCAUUCAUUACAUUGUUUUGAAUAUACUUCCCUAUGACAGUCAUUGACCUUUAUAAGUUGCUUUGUUUUCUUGAUGCAGCUGAGUCUCAUUAAGUCAAAAUGUAAGAGGUAGAUGGAAUAAGGGGUGUGAGUUAAGCAAGAUAAGGGCAGAUCCCAGGUC